CAGGCUGAAUGCCUCUCUCCCACAGUGGCAUCAAGACAGUGCGUGCCCAUCCUUGCUGAUGAGAUCUAUGGAGACAUGGUGUUUGCUGACUGCAAAUUUGAACCCAUUGCAACCCUAAGCACCAAUGUGCCAAUCUUGUCCUGUGGUGGCUUGGCAAAGCGGUGGCUCGUCCCUGGCUGGCGCAUGGGCUGGAUCCUAAUUCACGACAGGAGAGACAUCUUUGGUAAUGAGAUCAGAGAUGGCCUUGUAAGACUGAGUCAAAGGAUCCUAGGUCCCUGUACACUUGUCCAAGGAGCACUGGAACGUAUCUUGCACCGAACACCCCCCGAGUUCUACCACAACACCCUCAGCAUCCUCAAGUCCAAUGCUGACCUUUGUUACACUGCCUUAUCUGCUAUCCCUGGCCUCCGGCCUGUCCGGCCUGCUGGAGCCAUGUACCUCAUGGUUGAGAUUGAGAUGGAGCAUUUCCCUGAAUUUGAAAAUGAUGUGGAGUUCACGGAGCGCCUCAUCUCUGAGCAGUCUGUGUUCUGCUUGCCAGCCACGUGCUUUGAGUACCCAAACUUCUUCCGUGUGGUGAUCACCGUGCCUGAGGAGAUGAUCUUGGAGGCCUGCAGUCGCAUUCAGGAGUUCUGUGAAAUGCACUACCAGGGUGCUGAGGGGGCCCAGGAUCUGGAGUGUGACAAAUAGCCCCAGCUCACCUGCUGCCUCUGCCAGGCUCGACCUUGUGUGAGGCAGCAGCCGGGGAGGCAGGGCUGCUUCUGGCCAGCCCCAUGUGCCCCUGCCUGCAACAGCCACUGUCCUGCUGCUUCACUUUGUGCUCCGCAGACCCCUCAGCACUCUGGGAAGAUGCAGCCACUUCUCUCUGCUCCUCCACUGCAGCUUGCACACCCUCUGGCACCCAGUGCCCAUGGUCAACACAUCUGCUGCGUUUGCCUCUGUGCUGGUGUGCGCUGCCUGUGAACUAGCUGCAGGCAGGGGCCCGUGGCUGCUCCUGUGCCAUGGCCCUGUGUGGCCAGUAGCUCCUGUGCUGGCUGCGCUUCCUUGGGGAAGACAAGAGAAAAUCAUCCAUCUCUCACUUACCCGUGUUACCUUCGGAAGCUAGAGCUCUUUAUACCGAGCCCUUUGUGCGACAAAGGGAGUAAGUUAUUGUGACUUUUUUUAUUAAUAAACAGUCUGACAUGCCA